CAGGCUGGAGGGUCAGUUUGAGGGGAGGGUCGUUGCAGAGAGAGGAGAACGGGAGUCUGUGGAGGGGCAGUGUGAGGCAAGAGUGAAUCUCCGGCAGUCCUUGGGGGGGAUCACUGAGGGUUCCAUAUAAAUGUAUUACCGAGUGUGGUGACUCAUCCGAGAAUUUGAAGGACUGUUUAAUGCUAGGGAACCAGUGAGUGAGAGGAUAGUUCGAUUAUUAACUGGAUGAGUUGAUUAGUGAUGGGAGUGGUUAGGGGAGUCAGUGAAGAGUCAUUUUAGCAAGUUGGGGAAAGAAGGCAGUAUGAGUUGAUACUGAGGACAAGGGCAUCAGCACAGUUCAUCAGUGUCAGAAUAAGGGUAUGUAUGAAGGAUUAAAAAUAUUGCAUUAAGAAGGGACUAAGGGAAGGAAACAGUGUUGGUGACCUGAGGAGUUUUACAGUGUUGGAAGUACUCGUGCCUGAACUCAAUUUUAGUGGAGCCCUCCAUCAGGUGGAUGGUGAUUAAGGAAAUUAGAAGACAAGUGCAAGCAGCCCUAAAUUCUAAGGGAUAAAGAAGUUACCCCUUCUCCAGAUCUGACUUAGCAUAUAUGUUCCUGAGAAGAUUGCCCACCUGCCCCUCCCUCUCUCCUUCCCUACCUAUCUCCUCCCUCCCUCCCUGUCUUCCCUCCACAGUAAGACUGCCCUUUAACCUAAUGUAGAGUAUGAAGUUUUCCUUUGCAACAAAGUAUUGGGUGAGAGGGAAUGAGAGAAGAGCACAGAAAACAGGGGAAUGGCUGGCUCUUGGAACACCACAUUAAGUCCAACCUUCUCCCCGAGGAAUCAACAGUGGCCUUCCAUGAAGAACUGCCUUUCCCAUUUGCUACUGGAGUUAAUGGUUGUUUUCUGCUGGCAGAAUCAGGGACAUGCCAGCAGUUUCCCUUAUAGUUCCCUCUUAUUUCCUCAUUCCCCACCCCCCACCCACACCUACUGUUGUGGGGCUUGGAUUCUGAGCUAAUGGGAAACCCUCCACAGCAGAGCGGGAUGAGUGGGUGCUCCGGCGGGGAUGUGGUCACUGCCGACCAGUGAGAGUGAGAGUGCCACCGCCCACUUCUUCCUUGGAGCUGGAGAUGAGGGCCUGGGCACCCUUCGAAUAGGCAUGAGGACAGAAGAGAGCGACAGCGAGCUCCUUGAGGAUGAGGAGGAUGAAGUGCCUCCUGAACCUCAGAUCAUUGUUGGCAUCUGUGCCAUGACCAAGAAAUCCAAGUCCAAGCCAAUGACCCAAAUCCUAGAGCGCCUCUGCAGAUUUGACUACCUGACUGUUAUUAUCCUGGGAGAAGAUGUGAUCCUCAAUGAACCUGUGGAAAACUGGCCAUCCUGCCACUGCCUCAUUUCUUUCCACUCUAAAGGCUUCCCUCUGGACAAAGCUGUUGCUUAUUCCAGGCUUCGAAACCCCUUUCUUAUCAAUGACCUGGCUAUGCAGUAUUACAUUCAGGAUAGGAGGGAGGUGUACCGGAUCCUGCAGGAGGAGGGCAUUGAUCUGCCUCGGUAUGCUGUGCUCAACCGUGACCCUGCCCGGCCUGAGGAGUGCAACCUGAUAGAAGGUGAAGACCACGUAGAGGUAAACGGAGCUGUCUUUCCCAAGCCUUUUGUGGAGAAGCCAGUGAGUGCAGAGGACCACAAUGUUUACAUCUACUACCCCAGCUCAGCUGGAGGAGGAAGCCAGCGCCUCUUUCGUAAGAUUGGGAGCCGAAGCAGCGUUUACUCUCCUGAGAGCAGCGUCCGAAAGACAGGGUCAUACAUAUAUGAGGAGUUUAUGCCAACAGAUGGCACAGAUGUCAAGGUAUAUACAGUGGGGCCGGAUUAUGCCCAUGCUGAAGCUAGAAAAUCUCCAGCUUUGGAUGGGAAGGUUGAACGAGACAGUGAAGGGAAAGAGAUUCGAUAUCCAGUCAUGCUGACAGCCAUGGAAAAGCUGGUGGCCAGGAAAGUCUGCGUAGCUUUUAAGCAAACAGUUUGUGGUUUUGACCUUCUUCGUGCCAAUGGUCAUUCCUUUGUGUGUGAUGUCAAUGGCUUCAGUUUUGUCAAGAAUUCGAUGAAAUACUACGAUGACUGUGCCAAGAUUCUAGGGAACACCAUAAUGCGGGAACUUGCCCCACAGUUCCAGAUCCCAUGGUCCAUCCCCACAGAGGCCGAGGACAUUCCCAUUGUCCCUACCACAUCUGGCACUAUGAUGGAACUUCGUUGUGUCAUUGCGAUUAUUCGUCAUGGUGAUCGUACCCCCAAGCAGAAAAUGAAGAUGGAAGUGACACACCCAAGGUUUUUUAGUUUAUUUGAAAAACAUGGUGGCUACAAGACAGGGAAAUUAAAACUAAAGAGGCCCGAGCAGCUACAGGAGGUGCUGGACAUCACAAGGCUGCUAUUGGCUGAACUGGAGAAAGAACCAAGUGGUGAGAUCGAAGAGAAGACUGGGAAACUAGAGCAGCUGAAGUCUGUGCUGGAAAUGUAUGGUCAUUUCUCAGGCAUCAACCGGAAGGUGCAGUUGACUUACUACCCUCAUGGAGUAAAAGCUUCUAAUGAGGGGCAAGACCCACAGCAGGAGGCUCUGGCCCCAUCUCUUCUGCUGGUACUGAAAUGGGGUGGAGAACUGACUCCUGAUGGCCGUGUUCAGGCUGAGGAGCUGGGGCGAGCUUUUCGCUGCAUGUACCCUGGAGGACAGGGUGACUAUGCUGGCUUCCCUGGCUGUGGGCUGCUUCGUCUUCAUAGCACUUUCCGCCAUGAUCUCAAGAUCUAUGCCUCUGACGAGGGCCGUGUCCAGAUGACUGCCGCUGCCUUUGCUAAGGGCCUCCUGGCUCUAGAAGGGGAGCUGACACCCAUUUUGGUACAAAUGGUGAAGAGUGCCAACAUGAAUGGGCUCCUGGACAGUGAUGGCGAUUCCUUGAGCAGCUGUCAGCACCGGGUGAAGGCUCAACUUCACCACAUUUUGCAGCGGGAUGCACCCUUUGGCCCUGAGGACUAUGAACAGCUGGCUCCCACUGGAAGCACUGCCCUUCUCAACUCUAUGGCUAUCAUUCAGAAUCCUGUGAAGGUCUGUGAUGAGGUGUUUGCCCUGAUUGAAAACCUCACUCGCCAGAUCCAGGAACGGAUGCAGGACCCCAAGUCUGUAGACCUGCAGCUCUACCACAGUGAGACACUAGAGCUAAUGCUUCAGCGUUGGAGCAAGCUGGAGCGUGACUUUCGGCAGAAGAGUGGGCGCUAUGAUAUCAGUAAGAUUCCUGACAUCUAUGAUUGUGUCAAGUAUGAUGUACAGCAUAAUGCGAGUUUGGGACUUCAAGGCACAGCAGAGUUGCUACGUCUCUCUAAGGCAUUGGCUGAUGUGGUCAUUCCUCAGGAGUACGGGAUCAGUCGGGAGGAGAAACUGGAAAUUGCCGUGGGCUUCUGUCUUCCACUGUUGCGGAAGAUACUGCUUGACCUUCAGAGAACCCACGAGGAUGAGUCUGUCAACAAGCUGCAUCCCCUGUACUCCCGAGGAGUGCUUUCCCCAGGCCGCCACGUUCGAACACGGCUCUAUUUUACCAGCGAAAGUCACGUCCACUCCCUACUCAGUGUCUUCCGUUAUGGGGGUCUUCUUGAUGAGACCCAGGAUGCGCAAUGGCAGCGAGCUUUGGCUUACCUUGGUGCCAUCUCAGAGCUCAACUACAUGACCCAGAUUGUCAUCAUGCUCUAUGAGGACAAUACACGGGAUCCCUUAUCAGAGGAGCGAUUCCAUGUGGAGCUGCACUUUAGCCCUGGAGUGAAAGGAGUCGAAGAGGAAGGCAGUGCCCCAACUGGUUGUGGAUUCCGUCCAGCCUCUUCUGAGAAUGAGGAGAUGAAAACAGACCAAGGUAGCAUGGAGAACCUGUGCCCGAAAAAGGCACCAGAUGAGCCAGACCGGGCAUUGCAGACCUCACCACAGCCCUCUGAGGGUCCUGGCCACCCAAGAAAAUCACCCCUCAUUCGGAACCGAAAAGCCGGCUCCAUGGAGGUCAUGAACAUGCAGUGCACGGGGAACCUGGACCUGAUUCCUUUAAGGGGACGGCGCCGCCGGAGGUCCGGAGACCUCCCCCGGCCGUCCCUAGCCAUCGGCCUACAGCCCCGGGCUGUGUCCACCACUCACCUGGCGUCCUGCACAGAGGUGCUUUCUGAGACUUCAUCCUCCAGGCCUGGUGGCUACCGGCUCUUUUCAUCUUCACGACCACCGACAGAGAUGAAGCAGAGUGGCCUAGGCUCACAGUGCACAGGGCUGUUCAGCACCACGGUGCUGGGUGGCUCCUCCAGCGCCCCGAAUCUUCAGGACUACGCUCGCAGCCAUGGCAAAAAGCUACCACCUGCCAGUAUGAAGCAUCGAGAUGAGUUCUUGUUUGUCCCGGCCGUAAAACGAUUUUCUGUGUCGUUUGCAAAGCAUCCGACUAACGAGCUGCUGGAUGACCAGCACCCUGUGGUCCGGUUGCUGCGCCGUUUUUCCUCUGACUGCCCAGGGGGCCGGCCAGUCUCCUUGGAUGCCACGCUGGCGCAUCACCUGCACCAGUGCUCCUACCACCUGCGCCUCUUCCGGAACUGGCUGCGCUCAGGCCAGGAUGACCCCGAGUGCCUCUACGGAUUUGAAGGGUGCUCCAUGGUGCCUACCGUCUACCCCCUAGAAACACUGCAUAAUGCCCUCUCCCUGCGUCAAGUGAGUGAAUUCUUGAGUAGAGUCUGCCAGCGCCACACUGAAUCCCAAGCACAGGCGCCUGCAGCCCUCUUUGAGUCUAUGCACAGCAACCAGGCCUCAGAUAGCCCAUUUUCCCCACCCCGUACUCUUCAUUCACCUACCAUACAACUUCAGCAACGCUCUGAGAAGCCCCCUUGGUACAGCAGUGGCCCUUCUAGCACCGUGUCCAGUGCUGGUCCUUCCUCCCCUACUGCAGUGGAUGGUAACUGCCAUUUUGGCUUCAGUGGUCAACCCUCUCUAAGUUCACGUGUGACUGAAGAAUGUCAAGGCCCUGGGCUGCACCAGAAGAUCCCGGGGGAUGGAGCACAAGAGCUCCCCAUAGAAGGGGAGCAAGAGCCUUUUGUACCAAGCCAGUCCCUACAGGAACUACCCGUGGAAACCAGCCAGACAUGUGAGGAAGUUGACGAGAAGGACAGCCAGCCUUGCCAGCAGGUCCCUGACAACAGCCAGCCAUGCAAGGAGAUCCAUGACGAUGUCAACCAGACAUGCCAGGAGGUCCCUCAGAUCAGCCAACUGUGUCAGAAAGUCUCUGAGGAAACUUGCCAACUUUGCCAGCAGAACCCUGAGAAGGUCAACCAGCCAUGUCAGGGGGUCCCUGUGGAGGUUGGCAGGCUGGUCCAUGGGCUUCCUGAAGGGGUUGGUGGCCUGGUCCAGAAAUGCCUUGUGGAAGUUGUCAAAGCAGCCCAAGAGAUCCCUGAGGAGCUCAGCCAACCAUGCCAGGAGUUCUCUUUGGAGGUUGGCAGACUGGCCCAAGAGGCUUCUGCCACCAAUCUGUUGUCUCAGGAUAUCCCUGAGGUUGAUACACUAUCCCAAGAGUUCCCUGAGGAGAGUGACCUACAGAUCCAGGAAGUCUCUGAGAAGGUUAACGAGCAGUCCUGGGUGGUCCAUGAUGUGACUGAGCAGCUGCCUGGGGAGGAUGUUCCCCAAGCCCAGUAUCCAUGUAGUGAUCCAAACCCUCAGAGCCAGUCUCUAGCCCGUGAUCAAAACUCACCCCUUCCACCAGCAACAUGUGAUUAAUCAUUUUCUCAUUAAUGGUGUUACACUGUACCAGCCAUUUGAGCUAGCAGCUUUUUCUGUUGGCUAAAUUAUCUGCCAGCAUGAGGCCUUGGACCUUACCAGAGGUGUCUGAGGAAGCAGUCCUCUUGGCUUGAAGCAUACGGGUGCUGGAGCUGAGCUUGGUGAGGGGCCAAUUUCAUGUUCAAAGCAGCCAUUGACUCCUCACCAAGCCAUUAGACUUGAAUAGGAUUUCCUUCAAGGGGUGAGCUGGUCUCUUAUUACCCAGCCACCUCUGAGCAACCCAGAAAAUCCCCAAUUGUUAAAGGAAAUGCCUCUUAACUGCUGAAGACACCAUCCGGGGACAAGUGCAAAAGGGAUUCCAAGGUCUUCACUUUUCUGAAGAAACAUUCACAACUUCUCAAGGUACCCUUAGACCAUAUGUGCAUUCAGGGAGACUCUUGUCUUUGCUAGCACUCCUCAGAUGGGCCCAGGACGGCUGUCUGAAAUGCCUGGGAAAGAAGAGUCCCCUUCCCAAACAAACAUCCAUCAUGGCCACUAACCUUUAGACCGGGCUUAUGGGUAUAUCCAUAUCAUCCCCAGGUGCCCCAAGUUCCAUUCCUCUGGGCAGUAGCUCUCUGGGAAAAUAGGUGUUGGAUUGCUGUGAAAAUUUCAGAGAAACUAUUUAAAAUGCUCUGGGAGUUCUUGGCCAAUCUAUGAAGCUGGGCCUCCUUUUGUUGUGGGGCUGUUUGGCUUAGGAGAUACUGCAGUAGAGAAAAUCAGGUUCUAUUUUAAGCAAUCAGCAGAGAUAAAUAUUGCACAGACAUGAGCAAAGAUUAUAUAUAUACACAUAUAUAUAUAUAUAUUUCUGUAGUAGUGCCAGGGACAGACUGGCCAAAGAACAAACACUCCAGUGUCCCCAAGAGGUUUGUCCUUAUAUCAUUGCAUCUUUAGGGCCAGUUGUGAUUAUGAAGCUUUUCCCAAAGAUUUGGGGAUGGGAAUGGGGGGUGGGUAAAAGGGAUAAUGCCAUCAUUGGAGUGGGGGGCCGGAACAUUAUGAGUGCUCAAUAAAUAUGAAAUAAUGAGAAAGGUAGUGGUGGCGAUGAUGUCCUUGUGAACUCAAGAAUGAAUGUGACUAUAAGUCAAUCAUAUCUGUUACUGAAUUAAUCUGAACCAGUCAGAAGCCUUUGUAGUUGAGUGGGGAUGGGCUGUACAAAUACAGAGAUCUGGCAUCCCAGGAGGUUACUAUGGCAAUCAGUCCACUACCCUAAAAGGUCUCCAUGAGUAGUGUUGUAGGAGAGGGUCUAUCUCUGUGAAACCCCAGAGGGUACACAAUACUUUUUUACCAGCUCCUUGGAAUCACCCCCUUAUUUUUUUCUCUGAUGCUUUGGAGUGUCAGGAAGUGUUGAUAUAAAGGGGUUAUGCUCUUUCUCUACCCCCUUGACAUCUUUACAUUGGGAGAGCCCAGAACACUAGGAGGGCUGGAAGUCCUCCUGCCCAUAUAUUCACAUGCACAAGGAGGCCUCUCCUGACAUACCCAGGACUAUGCAGGGUUUCACUCCAGGGGGAAAAACCAACAUUUUACUCCAUGAAAGUCCUGACUGCACAAGUAAGAGGUAUUUACAACCUCAGUAGGCUCUGGACUCCUUAUGGCCCCUACACUCCUUAUUUUUUCCUUGUUCCCCUCUCCGAAGUGUCUGAUGCUAGUCAUUCAAUCCUCAGCUCUUGACCCCAUGGAGACCCCCUGCCCUUCUUCCCUCACCUAAACCAAAUGUAUGUCCCCACGCUUGGUUCAGGUAUUCUCACCCAUUUUCAGAA